UUAUUUGAACGAAAGUUGUAUUUUGUUUUCUUCGAAUUUACUUUUUAAUUCUUUUUACAACUUUUAAGUAAAUUAGUGCUAUUUACAAUGGAUAUUUAUGUAUGAAGAUCAAAUUAAGUGAGCAAUGAAUCCGUCUUCGCCAGUUGAAAAGAUCUGGAAAGUUGAUUUGCUUCAACUUCAGCUGGCAGCACCCAAACCUAAACCUGUUCUCUGCUCAUCAUCAAUUUCUGAACGUCCUAAUUUUUACGGCCUAGAAUAUCAUGGUGAGAUAAAUCACAAGAAGACCGAAGAGAUUUUUGAUUUAAGUGUCGAUGGAGAAUAUUUGGUCAGAAAAUCGCCGGGAAGUAAAGACUUUUAUACUUUAUCACUGCGAUUCGAUGGAAAAACCAAACAUUAUAAGAUUUAUUUCAAUCCAAAUUAUGGUCAUUUCUUGAAAGAAGAUUUUAAGAGGUUUGAGACAAUUGAAGAUUUAGUGGCGGAUGGUUUGGUCAACUUCUAUCUGCAGAAACAUGCUGCACCUAUAAUUCAACAAAUGUUAGUUCAGACGAAGAACUCAUUUCAGCAAUCUCCUUAUAUGACUCUAAAUAGACGAAAACUUCGUGCAAUUUCAAAUGAAUUGAGAAGAUCUUUAAAAGUACAAGAGAUUAUUGAUAAUAAUUGCAAUACAAAUAAUAGUAAUUCGAAUUUAAGCGAUGAAAAUCAGCCUCUGUUAAUGCCUGAUUUUGUUGAAACAUCAACUUCAGCUAUCAAUAAUAAUAAUUUUAAUUUCAUGUCACAAAUCGAAGAACAAGAAAAUGAACCGCUUCCAAUGGUUUAUGAAAAAAUUCAUCGAUUUGUCAUCAAUAAUUUUAAAGGAAUAAAUUUUUGCGAGUUUUGUGGCAAUUUUUUAUGGGGAUUUACAGCUCAAGGGGUAAGAUGCGAUGACUGUGGAUUUGUUGCACAUAAAAAGUGUUCAGAAUUAGUACCGGCAAAAUGCGUACCGGAUUUAAAAAAAAUUCGUGGGAUAUUUGGAAUUGAUUUAACUACGAUUGUUCAAGCACACAAAAGUCAUAUUCCAUUUGUCAUCACAAAAUGUGUUCAGGAAGUUGAGAAACGUGGAUUACAACAAGAAGGAAUUUAUAGAAUAUCAGGAUUUGCUGAUGAAAUUGAAACAUUGAAAUUGGCACUUGACAAGGAAGGAGAAAAAACCGAUAUGUCUGAAUCAUCAUAUAACAUAAAUGUCAUAACCGGUACUUUGAAAUUAUACCUUCGACUCUUACCUAUUCCAUUGAUUACAUUUCAAGCGUAUCCUGUUUUCAUUACGGCAACCAAGGAAAAAUCUGAAACGGAAAUUGUGCAAAAAUUAAGAGAUGCAGUAAAAACCCUUCCAACAGCACACUUGAACUGCUUUAAAUACAUCAUAACGCAUUUAAAUCGAGUUGCAGCACAUCAAGCAGUUAACAAAAUGACCGAGCAUAAUUUAGCAACAGUAUUUGCGCCAACUCUUAUUGCAACCCCACCACAUCAAUUGACUGAUAUGUCGCAGGAAAUCUUUAUACUGACAAACAUGAUCAAACACUGUCAGACUAUUUUUACGCUAAUUAAAUGAAAUCUGUCAAUUCUAGGUUUAAAAUUCAACAAAAGUUAAUAUUUUCGAGAUUUUAUAGAAAAUUAAUGUUUUUCAUUGUCUAUCGUACUCUUGUGAUAAAAUUCAUGUGAAGAAGCAAAAUUAAUUUUUGAUUCUUUUUAAGCAUUCGAAAGGAAGAUAUAGAUGCUUACAAACAAAUCCG